CAGACAGCAGACGACACAUUAUGGCAUAGGUAUUAUAUGUAGACGUGUAAACAAGUAGUUUUUCUAACCUCUAAAUUUAAAAAUGCCGCAUUUAGUAAACGAUCAAAGCUGUGAUAAUAAUAUAACAAAAUCAAUUAAAAUGGAGCCAAUUCAUCGUGAUAAAUUACUUAUAACAAUUUUUAUUCUCAUUACUUGCAUAAAAAUUCUUCUGUUCCCAACAUAUCACUCAACAGACUUUGAAGUACAUCGUAACUGGCUUGCUAUCACUGAAAGUUUACCUAUAAAUGAAUGGUAUACUAACGAAAAAUCUCAAUGGACUCUGGAUUAUCCACCUCUUUUUGCUUGGUUUGAGUAUAUCCUGAGUAAAGUCGCAUUUUAUUUUGAUCCUCAAAUGCUUAAAGUUGACAACUUGAAUUAUGCUUCCAAUAGCACCAAAUACUUUCAACGUGCUUCAGUUGUAUUCACAGAUUUAGUUUUUGUCUAUGGCGUAAGAGAAAUUGGAGAAACCUUCUGCAAUUCGAACCAAAGUUUCAUAAUGUUGACACUACUAUCAUUGUGUAAUAUUGGAUUACUCAUCAUAGAUCAUGUACAUUUUCAGUACAAUGGAUUUCUCUUGGGAGUGUUACUUAUAUCUCUAGCAAAAGUGUCAAGAAUUUCAAAAGAAAAUCAAAUUUUACAAGGAGCUUUUUGGUUUGCAAUUUUGCUCAACUUAAAGCAUAUUUAUUUAUAUGUAGCACCAGCAUAUGGUGUUUGGCUAUUGAGAAGCUAUUGCUUGCAAAAUAAUAAGUUCAUCUACAGAGUCAUAAAACUUGGAAUAAUUGUAAUUUUUGUGCUAUACAUGUCUUUUGGACCAUUUAUACACCAAAUACCUCAAGUUUUAUCAAGACUGUUUCCAUUUAAAAGAGGACUUGUACAUGCAUAUUGGGCUGCUAAUGCUUGGGCAGUUUAUGCAGGCGCUGAUAAACUAUUAUCUGUGAUAUGGAAAAAAGCUGGAUGGCUUAGUAAUGUAAAAAUUGCUUCAAUGACUGGAGGUUUAGUGCAAGAAGAUAAUUUUACUGUUUUGCCAACUCCAACACCCCUAUUUACAUUUAUUAUUACAUUUUUAUUGAUGCUACCAGUGCUUUGCAGUUUAUUUUUCAACGAAAAAUCUUACAACAAUCCAAAGAAAUUUGUAAGAUGUGUUAUUCUAUGCGGACUAACUUCCUUUAUGUUUGGCUGGCAUGUACAUGAAAAGGCUGUUCUCACUGCAAUCAUUCCAUUAUGCAUUCUGGCUACAACUGAAGCAAAAGAUGCCAGGAUAUUUCUCUUAUUAAGUUCAGCUGGACACACAGCAUUAUUUCCUCUACUGUAUCCAAUUGAAUUAACACCACUCAAACUGAUUUUAUGGUUUGCGUAUUUAUCAGCAACUGUAUUGCUAGUGAAAAAUCAAUUUGAUUCUAAUUUACUAAAGUCCCAUGAAUGGAUCUACGUCAGUUUUCUUCCUGUUGUCACUAUCUAUGAGACUGUAGUGCACAAAAUAAUUUUUGGUGAUAGGCUGCCAUUUUUGCCUUUAGCACUAACGUCAAUAUUUUGUGCACUAGGUGUAACAUAUUCGUACAUAAUUUAUUAUUAUACAUACAUGACAGGUGAUAAAUCACUAAAUAAAGAGCUGAAAAGGAAAGAAAAUGAAGAAUAUACAAUGUAUAAACUGAAAAAACGACUGUAAAUUUGUUUUUUAUGAAAAAUAUGUAAAUAUGCACAAAAUAAAUGUUUAUAAACUACUAA